AUGCGUACCAAGGCCCAGCUCUAUAUCACCUUCAAGGACAAUACGACGGAAACAAUUGUAACGGACAGCCCUUGGAGAGGAAAGCUUGGCGGCUCGACCCGCACUGGCGCCAUUCCCAACAACGAGCUCUUUGAUUCACGCAUCGAGUCGCAAGCCUGGAAGAAGGCUGGCUUUAAUGCUUCGACCUGGCCAAAUGCUAUCGUUCAAACGCUGCCAAGUACCGAGAUUCAGUCCUCUCCUGUAGAGCCCGUGCGAAUCAAGGAAAGUAUCAAGGCCGUAUCCAUCACCAACCCGGAAUCUGGGGCCUACAACGCCUCAAUCCGGAUGCACUAUGGGGAAAAGCUCAGAUCGACGGGACGAAUUCAGGAUACGGGCGGUAACUGGCAACACAGCACGUACAUUCAUGACGGAACGGGCUCCGUCACUUGGAUCCCCCGACACUCGUACUACGGCUUCCGAUACAUCGAAUUGACAGGCGUCGCGGGAACACCCAACGCCGGCACCGUUGUAGCUCAGCGCCUACACAGCGAUGUGAGAGGCAUUGGGUGGUUCACUGCCUCUGACGACACAUUGACAUGGAUCCAUGACACCACCUGGCAGUCCAUGCUUAACAAUAUCGUUGGUGUUCCCACCGACGGCGCGUAUCUUGAAAAGCAGCCAUGGCUAUCUGACGCGGCGGUCAUGUCCGAAACAAUACUCAGUUCUCUCAACGUCAAAUCACUGUACACUAAGUGGGCGCAAGACAUCGCGGACUCGGCACUUGCUGAUGGCAACCUUCCACCUUGGGCUCCAUCACCGUUGGAAAUGGACCCCUUCCCGAGUCCCACCUGGGGUAACGCUUUUUCCGAGGUUGUGUGGCAAUUGUACCAGCACUCCGGCGACGUCAAUUUGCUCUCACGUUUCUACGAAUCGAUGAAGUCAUACUUAUCCUACGAACUAAACCAUCGCAACAGCAGUGGCCUGAUCGGGCUAGAGUCUUGGGGCGACUGGGUGACACCUUCCAUCAAUGACAAGGGUAUUGUGGGAACAGCGCAUCUGUAA